CCUUCCACCGGGUGUAACGGUCAGUUCCGCGCGGAAUCUCCGGUCAGUUGUAGUCGCGUGAGAGUUGCGUUUAAUUGAGAGGGGGCUGGCAGUGGUCUCGCGCUGCUCCGAGGAGGCUUUGUGUGCGCGAGCGACAGGCAGGGGAUGCCUGGUUUCCGCGCGAGCGAGCUGCUGCAGUGGAGAAUGGCAAGCCGGUCCCGUGGGGGCGAACAGCUGCGAGCUUCCACCCUCUUCUUCUCGGAACCGGGCUGCCUUCACGCGCACGUCUGAAUGCAAUGAAACGGAGUGGAAGUUCUGUCCCGGCGCUGCGCUGAGAGCUCGAGACGGACCAAGAGAAACUCCACGAACUUAGAUAUGGCUUUGUCUCUGAGAAGCUGGGUCGCGAACGAAGGCAGAAAGAACCUUCUACUGGUAGUGUGGCUGGCGGUGAACGUUGUUGUCUUCUGGAGGACCUUCGUACUCUACUCUUCUGGUCCUCAGUAUUACUACCUACACCAGAUGCUGGGGAUGGGUGUGUGUGUGAGCCGGGCGUCGGCGUCUCUGCUGAAUCUGAACUGCUGUCUGGUGCUGCUGCCCAUGUGCAGGUCCAUCCUAACCUGCCUCAGGGGGACUCUCAAGGUUUGGGCGCGUGGGGGGCGGAGACUUUUGGAUCAGAGUAGGAACUUUCACUCCGCCUGUGGCACCGCAAUCUGUGUGUUCUCAGUAGUCCAUGUGUCAGCACAUCUGGUGAAUGCUGUAAGUUUCUCGGUGAAGUUCUCUGAUGAAUUCCCCUCCCUCAACAUGGCGCAGUACAGAGGACAGGAUCCCAGAAUAAUCAUACUAACAACAGUCCCAGGUGUCACAGGUGUUCUAUUGGUUCUCAUCCUCUUCCUGAUGUUCACUGCCUCUACACCCUGCAUCAGGGUGGGCAGCUAUGAGAUAUUCUGGUUCACACACAACCUCUUCAUCGUCUUCUACAUCAUACUCACAGUGCACGUGGUUGGGGGUGCUCUAAAGUACCAGACCAAUCUAGACACACACACACCCGGAUGCCUGCCAGCCAAUCACAGCGGGUUUACAGCGGACACCUCGACCAAUCAGGAGAGAGAGCUGGAGGGGCGGCAACAGAGGGAGCCAAUCUGUGGAGAGGAGGCGCGGUUUCAGUCUCACUUUCCAGAGACCUGGCUCUGGGUGCUGGCUCCUCUGUGUCUGUACUGCACAGAGCGAAUGUGUCGCUACAUCAGGAGCUGGACGCCGUGCACCAUAGUGACUGUUGCUAGGCACCCGUGUCAGGUGAUCGAGCUGCGCAUGCUCAAGGACGGCUUCAAAGCAAAACCAGGCCAGAUUAUAGUUUGCAUAGAUUAA